AUGGUUUCUCGUUUUCAGCAAGAAAAUACAUAUAUUUUAAAAAACAAUAGUGAUGAAGACAAAUUCGGAAAAAAACAACUGGAUUUGCAUAUUUCGCGACUUGAGUAUUAUGCUAGAAGAAUGAUGUGUUUGUUGAUAUCUGUCUUUAUUGUUGGAUUUUUACAAUUAUGUUUACCUACAUGUCGUUAUUCUUUUGUUCCUAUUUUUUAG